ACAUUUCUGCAUAUUCUUUAAUGAACGGCUGACAUGUUACGUAGCACUUUAAGCAUCCUGUUUCUGGCUUUUUGUUUAACCAUCACCCAUGGUCAGAGAACGUCACUGGGUGGAUCCCAAGAGCUUCCCUCCACUUUAAAUCUUGAUUUCCCCCCACCAGUUCCAAAUGCACCAGACUAUCAAAGAGCAGGCAUCUAUGAUAACAAUAGUGGCCGGAGGUUAGAUGGCCGUCUUUCCGGUGCUCUUGCAAAUCAGAACAUACUUAUGGAUUCCACCGGUGGAUUUGGAACAUCUUUUGGCGACGUUAAGCAGGACUCUGGUUUUGGUCAGCAGACUGGAUUAGGCAUGGAUUCUGGAUUUAGUCAGAGCACUGGUACAAAUAUGGGACUCCCUUCUAUGGGAUCAAUGGGCUCAAACUCUGGCUUAGGAGCACCCUCGGGCUCAAUGAUGUUCGGCGAGCACCCAACUUCUCUGGAUUCCAUGGGCAUGAACUCUGGUUUUGGAGAUGUCUCCGGUACAGGUCUGGGACAAACCGGAUUAGGACUUUCUGGAUCAACAGGCGGAUUAGGUUCUCUUGGAGAUGUCACCUAUACUAAUUUUGGAGAUUCAGGUCUAGACGGCCUCCCGUCCAAUACCGGAAUGACGCUCGGUCAAGGCGCCAUGUCCUCUAGAAGACCUGGUCAACCUGCGUACAACGCUUACAUGCCAGGCCGCGGCGACAUGAGAAGAAACCUCAGCGGACUGCGUCCAGUACCAAUGCCAAUUAUACGACCACCACCCAUAAUUCUUCUCCCUCCUAAACGUGGCUUGUUCUCGCUGUUUAAUCGUCGCCCUAGAGUCAUUACCAUCCCUCUCGUUCCAUUAGGUCAACCAGUACCUGUUCCAAUUGGUCCAAGACCAUUGUAAACGUCAUGCGUUUUGUGAGCACAAUAAGGAUGGCGUCAUGGAAAUCAGUCUGUACAUAGUGCCCAAUGUCAGCAUUAAACUUCAGUGAAAAAGCU